AUGCCCGGUAUGUCCUGUAGGUUCGGAAGCUCGUCCUCAAAGGGGCUGACCGGGAGGGGACAGACCACAGCUCAUUUUAAUCUGGUGGAGGUUUUUAAAACCCACUGUUGUCAAAGUUGGUGCUUUCCCAAAGCGCCUCUCAGACUCAACGCCUGGCAAGCCAAGCCCAGGGCUUCCACCAGGGCUGGCGCAUGCCUGAGGGUCCCAGCCCCGAGUAGAGAGUCCUCCUUCCCCAUGAGGUGGCCCCCAGCUGGUGUCCCCAAUGGAUGGGCAGAUACUGGGGUGACACAGAGCAGUGGGAGCAGAGCUCGGAAGGGACCAGUGUGGCCUGGGCGGUUACUGCUGCCAGCGAGUGCACAGAUCGCCGCCUCAGGCACCUCACAUCGCGUGAGCUGUUGCACGUUGUCAUCAGCUCCCCCAGAGGAGGGCGAGGACCACCAGUGUAGCCUCUUGGUGCAGCCGCAGGUGUUGGGUGGUGCCGCGCAUCCACAGCAGUCCUGGAGUGACAGUGGGUCACACCCACAUUCCAGCUCUGGCCAGGUGCAGGCUCAGGGCCAGGGAGCAUUCCAGCCUUCUCCUGCACCCCAGACUCCCCUGCAGAAGCCAGUAUCCCGCCAAGCACUGGUGGGAAGACAGGUUCUGGGACGGAGCAGGAGCCUGGGCACCACGGCCCGCGGUGACAAGAUACUGACACAGCCCUGGAGCUCUCCAGAGGAGCAGCAGCCCCCCUCCCCCGGGACACGUCCAGUCACCCAUGCCUCAUCUGUAAUCACUGUGUUUGGUCCUGAGAUGCAUCGGAGCACUUUAGAAAAGCUGACUUUACAUUCCUGUCCUGUCCUGAAGAGGACAUUCCUGGGCCACGUGCCCCCACGCACGGGAUCCUCUCUCACCCACCCAGGGGAUUCCUGCAAGGAUAAGUUCAAGGCCACGUGGUGGGAAUCGGCCAAGGAGGCUUCCAGGCGGUGCCUGAAGCGGGGCAGCACCAUGGGCCCAUCCUACCAGGACCCUGAGGUCACUCCCGGGUACAGCCCAGUCUCGUUUGUAAAGUUAGGAGUUGAGCAAACAUUCCUACUUUCGUGGGGUCUGUGCACAUCUUCGUUAAUUGUGAUCAUGACCUUAGUCAACCUGACGAUCAUUUUUUACAAAGAAAGCAGCAUUUCCUCACUGGGGGUUGUCUGA